AUGCCAACUUUCCAAAACUUGUGUUUGGGGAAGGAGGGUCAAGCCACACGUCCCUGGAUAAUGGCUCGCUGGGCCCCGUAUCAGAAGUCUCAACCACCAAAAAGGGCUUGGUCGCCGGAGGCACGAAUCAAAAACACAAUGACUUCUCCGCAGAAGUCUCCUGAGAGCGGUUUUGCUCUCCAGAAAUACCUCCUGCUCCACUCCCAGCACGACGCUCUUCAGAAACGUCUCGACCAGAUCACGACUUCGUUUCCGACGACAUCAUCUACAUCUCGAUCUCCCAACCACAGAUACGCCUCGCUCUCAUCUUCACCUAGCUCCGACGAUGGCAUGUAUCUCCCCUCACCACCUCGGAAGGCCCGCAACCAUCAUCGUGCCGGUAGCAUCCCGCAGUCCAGACCUCGACCUGCUCUCAAGACAAGGAGGUCUUCUCUCCCGACCGUGAUCGAUGAGAGUGUGCUUGGGGAGAUCGAGCAAGAUGAGAUGAAAUUGAAGGACGUCAAUCAACAAAUCAAAAGCACACUCACAGAGCUGCUCAACUGUGAGAGCGUCCGGGGUGAUAGGAGAUACAGAAUGUGGAUACAGACUCGAUUGAUGGAUACCGAGAAGGAACUAAAGAAGGAUAGGAGCAAGAGUUAUGAUCGAAGGGGAAGUGAGGAUGCUUCGGGGAUGAUGUUUAAAUAGAAGUAUGGACACGUUCGGUAUUCUCGGCGUCGGCUUGAUGAUUUCCGCUUGGAGACCCUGGCUUAGAUUUUGUAACAUGAUACCCAAGGCUGUCACUAAGCAGCUAGUUUUUGAAUUCAUAAUGAUUAUGACUGGAUAUUUGUACGUCCGUAAGACAAAUCUUCAUUCCAUCGUGAAACUUGGGUCAUUUGGCGCUUGCAAAC